CUAGGACUGCAGCAGAAGAGAGGACACUUGCAACAUGCUGGUUCUACAGGAUGAAUUUAUGAAUGUCAGAGAAAGAUUGGGGAGCAAUAUUACACUCAAAGAAAGGUGAACGCUGGCACAGGAUCCGCUCAUCAGUCAACACAGAGGGGGGGUGUUUGGGGGGAAGGAAAGGGGACGCAACCAUCCAAAUGGCUAUCGUUGAGGGGGUUGCUGUGCCUGCGGGUUGUAUGGGACGUUCGCUUGGUCGGCCACAAACAUAGAUCCAUAUGAUGCCGCCUGCCCCACGUACUGCUGUUGUUGUUGCUGUUGUUGUUGUUGCUGCUGCUGCUGCUGCUGCUGUGCAGAAAGAGAUAAGGGGACAGUUGAGCUCUGCUGCAGCGACUGUGGCUCAUGGUACAGCAACGACUCCAUUCCUGUUCGCUGCAAAAGCGAUUGCUCUUGUUGCUGCAGCAGCUGCUGCUGUUGCCAUUGAUGGGUCUGCUGGAGCUGUUGUUGCUGCUGUUGAAGUUGCUGGGGUGGUGGUUGCUGCUGCUGCUGCUGCUGCUGCUGCUGCUGCUGAAACUGUUGCUGAGGCAGUUGGUGGGGUAACUGUUGAGUCGGUGGUGGCUGCUGCAGCAUGGGUAGUUGUUGACCUGUGGAUCGGAGUUGUUGUUGGGCGUCAAGUGGUGGUUGCUGCUGCUGCUGCUGCUGCUGCUGCUGCUUUUGAAGCUGGAGUUGCUGCUGCUGCUGCUGCUGCUGAAGAAACAGCUGCUGCUGCUGCUGCUGCUGUGCUUGUUGUGGAUCCAUUUGCUGGUCCUGCUGGCGAUGCUGCUGUUGUGACAACUGCUGACCAUGCUGCUGCUGCAAUCUCUCAGACUGCUGAAAUUGUUGUUGUAGAUGAUGUAGCUGCUGUUGGCUUUUCAUUUGCUGCUGCUGCUGCCUUUGCUGCACCGGAAGCUGUUGUUGUUGCUGGAUCUGUUGUUGUUGCUGGAUCUGUUGUUGUUGCUGGAUCUGUUGUUGUUGCUGAAUCUGUUGUUGUUGCUGGAUCUGUUGGUGUUGCUGCUGCAAGUGGGGAUGUGAUUGCUGGGUUGACUGCUGCUGCUGCUGCUGCUGCUGCUGUAUCUGUGGCUGAAAUUGUGGCUGAAAUUGUGGCUGCACUUGUUGUGGCUGUUGUUGUACCUGACUCUGCUGCUGGAUCUGCUGAUAUGGCUGUUGCUGCUGCUGCAUCUUCUGCAGUUGCAGCUGCUGCUCCAGCACCUGCUGCUGCUGCUGCUGCUGCUGCUGCUGCUGCGGUGCCUGCUGCUGCUGCUGCUGCGGUGCCUGCUGCUGCUGCUGCUGCGGUGCCUGCUGCUGCUGCUGCUGCUGCUGCUGCCAUGCUUCCUGCACUUGUUGCUGAUGAGGCAUCACUGACUGCUGAGCUAACUUUGGCAGCCUUUGCAAUUGCUGGUAUUGCUGUUGCUGUUGCUGCUGCAGUUGCUGCUGCUGCUGCUGCUGCUGCUGCUGCAGUUGCUGCUGCUGCUGCUGGAGUUGCUGCUGCUGCUGCUGCUGCGGUUGCUGUUGCUGCUGCGGUUGCUGUUGCUGAGGCAAUUGUUGUUGCUGAGGCAAUUGUUGUUGCUGAGGCAAUUGUUGUUGCUGAGGCAAUUGUUGUUGCUGCUGAGACAACUGCUGCUGCUGCUGCUGUAUCUGUUGUUGCUGCUGAAGCUGCUGCUGUUGUAAUUGCGCCUUCUGCGACUUCAUCCUCUUGGCUGCCUGCUGCUGUGGGGGUGGUAGUUGCUGCUGCUGGUGCUGCAAAAGUUGUGCAGCUGGACGCUUUGCUGGUGAGGAAGUCGCAUGUACUGCAGAAAACACCAUGCCACCCUGUGCUGCACUGACCAUACCCACUCCACCCACAGACCCAGAGGGGGCAUUGAGGGUUACUCCAGGCACAGUUUGUGUUCCGGCAGA